AUGGUUACCGUCAUACGUGGCUCGAAGAAGAUUAGCAUAUCCUUCCUCGAAAAUGACGACGAUUUUGAUUGCGAUCGAAUCAACGGUAGGAAGACCAAAACAAUCAAGAACCUGUUCAUUUACGAAGAUCCCAGGGAGAAAAAAAGUCAACCACAUAGACUUGGAUUUGAACGUUGAACUAUCAAUGACUAUAGUUAACAAUUAUUCGCCGAAGGCGAGGUGAUUAUCGGUGAAUAAAAACCGAGACGAAGUCGAGGUUUUUAUUCACGAUAAUCACCGAGCCUUAGAUGAAUAAUUGUUUUAGUAUAAUUUCAUAGGUGAUUAUUUGGAAAACAACAAGAAAAUACACAUUUCUUCGUCAUUUAAUUGACAAAAAGGCUUCGGCCUUCUUCGGCUGCCAUUUUGAAAAUCGCUUAGGUGAUUAUCGCGUAAUAAUCACCUCAACGGCAACCAAUCAGCGUGGAGAAUUUUCAAUAAUCACCUAUGUAAUUAUACUAAACACAUAUAUUGUAUAUUAACAGUUAAGAUUUUGUUGACAUAUAGAAUAACAUAUAACGUGAAGAACAGAUAACUUAUACUAAUGUGGGGAGGGAAGUAAUAUCGCUAAUUAAUAUGCUAAUAACUAAUGCAAAUAAGAAUAAUUAAUCAGUAUUGAAUAUACAGUUCACAAACACUAUAGCACGCGUUUAUCUCGUUUUAUUCAGUCUUAGUUAAACGCUACAAUUACCACACAUAGCAUUAUCAAUCUAUUGGAUAUUACAUAUACCUUCACCAUUUACUAAUUUGGAAUAAAAAUGUUUUAUAGGUCUCUUCCCGGAGCCUUACUUGCUUGUUGUCAGUGAAACAAGAGUAGCAGUUGUUCAUCUCUUAUCCAAUUAUUCAACAAUUGUCGCAAAUGAACCUAACAGAAUAAAAAACUUGAUCAUUGAUCCAGUUGAGGAGAAAAUGUAUUUCAAAAGUGGAAUAAAAGUGUACCGAGCGAAUUUAGAUGGCUCUAAUAGAAAAGUUAUUUAUCAAGAUAAAGUAUAUCCUAUUCGAUUAUUUGCAUUAGACUGGAUAGGACGCCGCAUGUUCUGGGUGUAUUCAAAGAAAAAGAAAUCGAUAUUUACGGGCAAUUUGAACCUCUCUAACGGACUAGAAAUUACUGAAAGUGAAAUCAGAUUUGAAAGUUUGGCUGUCGAUCCUAAUACCGGGUGA